UCUCCGUUGCUCCCUCUCAAGCCUCAAAGUUGAGGAACAGAGAGGGAGAGAGAGAGAUGCUGUCCGGCCAUGGAAGGUGGGAGCAGCCACUGAUUGCCGCCAUCUUCUCUCUCGACCUCCAACUUCGGACCUUUCAAUGUCCGAGGUAAAGUGGGCAUUACGGGCAAUUUUGCAAACGUCAGAUGAUAUAGUGGCUGUCGAUUUUCUCCUCGUCGCUGCUCCAGACAGACCAGAACAGCGGCUCUCGGGUUCUUGACAUCGGGCACGAGCUCUGCUUCAAAAGCAAAGUCCUGCAUUUGCUGCUCAUGGCAUGCCAAUCUGGAGCAAUGGCAAUGCAAUUGAGUCUGCCGCUGCGGGAAAACGAAGCCCUCGAAAGUUCCUGCAUGGUCCUCGCUCCCUGUGUGGUUUCAAACUCAAAAAUGGAAUCCUGCAUCAACAAUCGAGUUUUCUUUCGGCUAAAGUCUGCAUCAUUUUGUUGGAACAGAUGAGAAGACAUGGCUGGAAAAUAGCCUUUGCCCUGAAUACAGGUGGUAUUCCUGGUAAUGGCGAGCAAGAUGGCCUCAAUGGUGAUGAUGCAGAUCUCAGUCGUACUCGAUUGGGCAGGAUAGUGAGCGCUGGGGGCAGACAACUUCUGCAAAAGCUGAACUCGGCUAGAAGGAAUUUUCCCAUGAAGAUAUUUCUUCUUCUAUUGGGUUUCUAUACGGCAAAUGCAUUGGCGACAAUUCUUGGUCAGACAGGUGACUGGGACGUGCUUGUUGCUGGUGUCGUGGUUGCAGCGAUUGAGGGGAUUGGUAUGCUUAUGUAUCGAAAACCCCCUUCUCUUUCUAGCAGAAGACUUCAGUCCUUUGUCACAAUGAUGAACUACUGGAAAUCCGGCAUUUGUUUAGGCCUCUUUGUGGACGCUUUCAAAUUAGGUAGCUAGAUACCCUUUAGCUAUGUAAUAACCUCAUCCUGUAUCCCUGAUUCCACCGAACAAGAAACUGCAAAAAGU